AUGGCCAUUCCCUCCCCUACCGACCAACCUACUCCGUCCACCUCUGCGUCCACCUCCGGCCUUGUAGCCAUCACCACCGAUCGUUCAACCUCGCCCGAUCUCGCAAGCAAUCCCGAUGCCGAAUCCGGUCCUUCUGCCGCCACCGGCCUCGACAAAAGACCCUCCACUUCCCUCGCCCCGCUCAACACCCUCCGCUCCUACUUUCCCGAGCCAGCACUCUCCGCCAUCAUCGAGAAAUACCGACAUGCACCGGACGAGCCGUCGCCGCUGUCAUUUCCGCCGCUCUCUGUGGGAGAUAUCGAGAGCGAGUCCUCUGGGGAUAGCGAGGAUGAGGACGAGGAUGGCAUGGAUGAGGAUUGGGAAGACGAUGAUGAGGACGAGGACGAUCAUGAGGGAAUGUACCCGGCUCGAGUGGGUGAUGAAGAUACAUCGCGGCAUACAUACCCACCGCAAUCUACACCCCCUCGAAUCCCGCCGUUCACACCAAAGUCGGAGCAGUCAAGAUCGGACCGCCACAGAGCACCAUCACCGGACAAUAAGGAUCGGCGCCACUGCCCUCCGGGUAGCGCUAUAAGCUCGGAUAUCACAGACCCAUUCGAAUGGCUGGGUAGGACCUCAGACCCACUCAGCCGACCAGGGAAUCCCCCACCUACAUCACCCCCUCUCCGCACCGACUCGCCGCCCCCGCCAUCGCCUCGUCCUGCUCAUUCUGAGCUUGGCGGCUCCGCCUUGCUCCAGCGCCCGUCAGGCGUCAAGCUCCGUAUCAAGGCCCUCUCACUGUCCUCUCCUGAUUCUCUGGAUCCAGGUCCGCGAUCCACAACACCGAUGGACCCGUCGCCUGCGGCUCACGGCGUAUCGAUCUCGCCCGGAUCCAGCCGGACCAAGAUCGUCAUCCGCCGUACCGGUCCAGAAUGGCCCACCUUCAGUCCCCCAUCCUCUUCAUCCGCCCUCCCCGGCAUCACCAUGGGCCGCGACGAUGACGUCGACGCGGUAGCCAUUCAAGACGAUGAGGAUCUCCCGCUUACCCCGCGCGACCUACGCGAAGAUCGUGUACGGAUCAGACGGAACGCCGCGCGUCACUGCUCGUCGGAUAUGACCUACAUCUACCUUGGCGGUCGGCGAAAGGAUUUCCGCACCAGCAACCUUCGGAUCUGCGCUGCCAUCUCGAAUUGGUACAACACGGUCACUAUCCGCUGCUCCCCCGCCGAGCUGUACAAGGCGAUGCGGACCGUUCCGCCCAUGCUCGCGUCGCCGCCGCCUGGCUUUGACGCGAUCGUGUCGCCGAGCGGCUUGGGCUGGGACAGAGGGGAGGAUGAGGAGAUGAGCUAUCAUCGGACGGUAUCGCUCCCGCCUAAGAAGAGGUCGCAGACGGCCAAAAGGCUGCGAUAUAGUCCGGAGACGAUCCUCAGGGGAAUGGAGCGAGGAGGGAAGGAGGUGCAGCCGGGAGAUGCGGUCAGCCCGGAAGAGAGGCGAAUCAAGAAGGGCAAGAUUUCGGCCCGUGCGGGUGGAGCGAGGUCGCUGGACUUACCUGACGAAGAGGAGAUGGAUAUCGAUCUCGGCCAAAGUGGCGGAUCCAGCGACUGGACUGUCACUAUCCAGUCGGACCCGGCCGAUAACGCAUCUUCUUCCCUAGAAAAGGCCACCGCCAAUACUCCGGGUACCCCAUCGUCGUCUAUCUCUCAAUAUGUUGCCCACCCGCGGACAGGCCGGCGGAUGUGCAUCACUACAGAUCCGAGCCGCACCCCGCCGAGCUCUCCACUCCCAGGCGACAGCGCCACAGCCACGCCCGGCACUCGCGAGUGGGAAGUCGCGCACCUCGAGCACGUCGAAGACUGGCCAAUGGCCAGCCCACCUGGGCGUUCUGUCCAAGAGAUUAGCUCCCUCGGGCUCGACCUCGGCGGCUACACCUCUUCCCCACCCUCCCUCCAGCCACCACCGGACGUCACACGUACGCCUCACUUCACCUUCGACUAUGACGCGGACGAUCAAGAUAUGCUUAGCGAGGAGGAAGGGAGGGCUCGGCUGUGCGCGGCCAUCGAGAAAUUGGCGGCGGAGCAGCAUCGGUCGCGGGACGCGGACUCGACGCCGCCCAUGCGGGAGACGGGCGGGAUUGACGAUACGCCCGAAUCGGUCGUGGAUGAGCUCAUCACCACUCCCGAUGUAGACAUCUCGGCUCUGCCUGCUAGCUCGUCCGUAUCCGAGGCGCCAAAGGUCUCGCCUGACCCCGACGAGGAUGAAGAGGAGGAGGAGCCGCGGCCUCGCCUGGAUAAGGGCAAGGGACGGGCGAGGCCAGAGGACGAGCCGCAGCGCAGGGCCGAUGACGGUACUCCUCGUCUCGAUCAGAGGCAGCACACCGUACCUCGUCGGCCUGUCCGCCCGCCCAGACCGGUACAGGACGUCCAGGUCGAGUUGGAGGGGUUGGUGAUGGAGGUGUCGAGGCUGGAGGCGCAACUGGCGGAUAUGGGUCGGCAGGAGGGAGAGGGUAGUCCCGGUGUACCACGGGGUAACAAGUUACUUAGUCGGCGUAUCAGCCUGAUGAACCGCGAGAUCGAAAAGCUCAGCCAGAACUACUUGACGAUGAACAUGCCCGCUCCGAUGGCUCGGGAGACACAACCCCGUCCAGAGACCAUCAUUGAGUCGGACGAGACCCUGGCUGCGCGACUUCAGCGGGAGUACGAGGACGAGGACGCUCAAAUCGCCAUCAUGGAGUACAACGCCGAGCAAAAUCCGCCAGAGGAGAUGAUGCGGCCGUUUCCCGGUUCGGUCCAGAGCCCUCGACGCUACACCCCGCUGGACAGGGAGAUGGAGGCGCGUCGUGCGGCCAUUAUGCCCGGCGUUGUCCGGACACCUCCGCAGUACACCCCGUACGAGCCCAAUGUCAUUCCCCGUCGUCAAGCGGCUCGUCAGUUGACAUUCGACUCGCCUAAGGCGACGACGGGGGUACCCAUGGCGCGCGAGCCCUCUCCGCGUGUCCCCGUCACAGGUCUCCUCGCCCGCUCAACAAUUUUCGAGAGCGGUCUCCCGGACCUCCCCACUGAGCCGACAAGAUCCCGGAGCAAAUCGCCAGCCUCGUCUGGGCCCAUCGCGAUCCCUACUCUGCCUCCUAUGCUCGUGCCCUCGGAGCCGUCUGUCCGAAUCACCGUCACUCCGCCAACACCGGUCAUCCCUCUGCGCGCGGACCCGCUCAGGCGCAGUCAGCUCUCACGGAGCAAUCCUUCCGAUUAUGUGGCGGAACAGCUGGGCGCGAGCGCGCUGCAGCGGGACCGGGACGGGGAUGGCGUGGAAAUCUUGAUCGAUGAGGUGCCAGAGGAGGAGGAGGGCCGCUUCAUUCUGCAUGAUCUCGCAGAGGAGGCCGAUGAGGAGGACAGCGAUAGCAGCAGCGAUACUAUCCGGCCUCGAUCGAGGGGGAGUGGACGGACCCCAUCGCCUCCGGACGAGGAUUCGCUCGAGCUUUGGCAUCGGGAGAUUUCGGCGCUUCUUCCGGACCGACCUACAGGUGGGCAAUUGCCCUUCCGCCGAGUAUUGUCGGAACCGUUCGACCUUACCGAUCGGCCCAAGCAGGUACGCAGGCUCAGCGCGGACGACGUCGCGAUGGAUGACUCGCCCCCAUUGGCUCCUCGCGUGGCGCUGGACCUGGAGCGGCCACCCACGGGGAUCUUGUUUGAUCCCGACAAGUACGAGGAGGAUGAGGUGGACAUUGCGCACAGGGAGCCAGGUGAUGAUAAGGUCAGGAAUAAGGCGCACGAUGAUACCAGCAUAAUACAGCACAGUACCGAAAUUACCCCUCCCGCGCGCGCCGACGACUCUCCGCUUACCUACUCUCCCCCUCUUCCCCGGCCGCUGAAUGAAUCCUUCCUCGAACUCGAUGAUGCCUUCCCUCCCUCCAUUUCCGAUUCUGAGCAUCAACACUAUCAUACGGCGGACACAUGGCUCCCCGGCGAGCUGGCCGAGCGGCUCGGCAUUGAAGUCAUGCGCAUGGCGCGGCAGGCGAGGCGGUUGCGGCGGCGCAGGGUGAGAAGGGUGCUCUUGCUGGUUGCGAGGGUAGGGGUGGUGGUAUUGCUAUCUUGGAUCUUUUUUGGGCGUUGGGGAUUCCAGCUAUAG